CCUACUUUCACAAAAACAGAAACAGAGGGAGAGUCAGGAAGCAUAUAACCCAGAAGUCAGAGAAAAUGGCCCUGAGGGUGGAGACUCUGAGUUUGGAAGGCUGUAUACAGGUGUAGUGACAAAUGCCCAGUCUUUGUAACCGGACAGAAACAGACCUGUGAGGCUUUGGAGAACUUGCUUAACUUUCCUAAGUCUCAGUUCUUUAUCUAUAACCAAGGAUAGUUCCUUCCGGAUACUGUUGUUGUGACGAUUGGAGAUAAUAUCUGUAAAGUACUUGGCGCACAGUUGAUGUCCAGUCAAUGGUAGCUGGUAAAAUGGAAAGCUGCCCUGCAAAUAGUUCUCUCUCCUCUUCUUCCGGAACACUAUUUUUAGGAUCUUGUGUCUGGUGGCCUCCAGCCUCUGAAUUCUCUCAGGUGAGUUUUCCAAAUCCUUAGGAUUUUUUCUUCAUCCCUCACUUCCCCUGAUGCCUUCCAGCUGGACACAAACUCAUUCCUAAAAUAUGCAGAUAGAAGCUAUGGUAACCAUGGAGACAGGGCAGGUGGCAAGGAGAAGCAGAGAGAGAAAGAAACCGAUUGCAACAGAUAGGAAAAGACUUAAGGAGAGAUUUGGACAAAGACCUUCAAGCAAGAUGAAAAGAUAAUGAGACGAAGCAAGACAGAUGCGAUGAGAGAGGAUGUGUUACAACGUUCUCUCUCUUUUCUCUGCUCUUUUUCUAUCCCCCACGCCGAAUAUGGGGAGGAAGCAUCUGGGAAUGCCCAUUCCUGUAUCUGAAAAUGACCUGAUAUCCACCCUCCUCAUACUUAGCUGAGAAGUCUGUACAAAGGAGCUGAGGUCCAAGUUUAUCUGUGCUGUGUGUUCCGUUUUGGGGGAGGUGGAGUGAGGAUGUACCGCUGUGUCUGACUCCAGCUCCCCUGGCAUUUAAACUACGAGAAGCCAGCCAGAUCUCUUGCCUCUCUCUGCACAGUAUGGACCCCGGCUGUGGAUCCCAAUCGCCUCUCUCCACCACUCUGCACAGUGUGCCCUGUGCGGUCCGUGGUAGGUCAGGUCUGGCGCACAGGCGCUCAUAAGCACACAAAACGCGGAGAAUGGGGACCUGAAGCUCCAUGAAGAACUGGGAUGGUCCCAGUCUGGGUCGCGGAGGAAUCUCCCAAGGAACAUUUAGGUUUGUUGGGGCCGAGGGGUGGCCGAUUGAGCAAGGGGAGUCAGGAUUGGUGUCUCUAGGUUUAGAGGGUUUAUGUGUGCAUGGGUGGGGGAGCAGUUUGGUGCCGGACGCCCCCACCCGCAGAGACUAGGCUAUAAAUAGCAAGGCAGAGCUCCGCCCUUCGCACCCCCCCCACCCCAGCUUCUCUCCUCCCGAGCCGGCGCUGUGCCCGGGGCGCACCGGGAGGAGGGACCAGGAUCCGGUGCCCGGGCGCAGACACUGACACCAAGGGAAUCCGGGUGCCCCCCCCCACACGCCAUGUGGGCCCCCGGGAACCCGGCUCCGCCGCCCCGGCUGCCUGGUGGCCCUGGCUUGGGUCCUGGCCGGGCGGAGAUUCUGCGGACAUUCAGGGAUUGGCUUCGCCACUGAGCCCUCAGGCCUCUGCCAGCCACCACCCCCACGCCCCUAGCCUUCCUCGGCAGGUCCCGGUCCCGGCUCCACCGGUGCUCUCGCCCCAGCCGCAGCUAUGCUGCACACCGAGGGCCACGCUCUCCUUCGGGCCGUGGGUCAGGGUAAGCUCCGCUUGGCCCGUUUGCUUCUGGAGGGGGGCGCCUACGUGAAUGAGGGUGAUGCCCAGGGGGAGACUGCGCUGAUGGCGGCCUGUCGGGCCCGCUACGACGACCCCCAGAACAAGGCUCGCAUGGUACGCUACCUCCUGGAGCAAGGUGCGGACCCCAACAUCGCAGACCGCCUGGGGCGCACCGCCCUCAUGCACGCUUGCGCCGGCGGUGGGGGCGCCGCGGUGGCCUCGCUGCUCCUUGCCCACGGCGCAGACCCCUCAGUCCGAGAUCACGCGGGCGCCUCGGCGCUUGUCCAUGCCCUGGACCGCGGGGACCGCGAGACCCUUGCCACGCUGUUGGACGCCUGUAAGGCCAAGGGCACGGAGGUCAUCAUCAUCACCACCGACACCUCUCCCUCGGGCACCAAGAAGACCCGGCAGUAUCUCAAUUCCCCACCGUCGCCGGGGGUAGAGGACCCCGCUCCUGCUCCUCCUAGCCCGGGGGUCUGCACCUCCCCUUCGGAAAUCCAGCUGCAGACUGCAGGGGGAGGACGGGGGCUGAUAUCGCCUCGCACCCAGGAAGAAGAGGAGAAGCGGGACGUAUUUGAAUUCCCUCUUCCUAAGCCCCCCGAUGACCCCUCCCCUUCUGAGCCGCUCCCCAAACCACCCCGUCACCCUCCAAAACCACUCAAAAGGCUCAACUCCGAGCCCUGGGGCCUAGUGGCUCCUCCUCAACCGGUCCCGCCCGCGGAAGGGAGGCCGGGGUUGGAGCGCCUGACCGCUGAAUUCAACGGCCUGACCCUGACCGGUCGACCGCGUCUUUCCAGACGUCACAGCACCGAAGGCCCCGAGGCCCCGCCCCCGUGGGCGGAGAAAGUGAUGGGUGGGGGUCCCCUCUCUCGCCGAAACACAGCGCCAGAAGCUCAGGAGUCUGGUCCCCCUUCAGGGCUGAGGCAGAAACUGAGCCGCAUGGAGCCGGUGGAGCUCGACACCCCCGGAAAUAUGUGCCCCGACUCGCCGGAGUGCAGCCGCCCGUCCCUGGAGCGCCGCCGGUACAGCGCCUCCCCGCUGACCCUCCCUCUGGCGGGCUCGGCUCCCUCCCCGCGCCAGUCCCAGGAGAGUCUGCCGGGGGCUGUAUCUCCGCUGAGCGGGCGGAGGCGGAGCCCCGGGCUGCUGGAGCGGAGGGGCUCGGGGACGCUGCUCCUGGACCACAUCUCGCAGACGCGGCCGGGUUUCCUGCCCCCGCUCAACGUCAGCCCCCACCCUCCCAUCCCCGACAUUCGCCCCCAGCCCGGAGGUCGGGCGCCUUCGCUGCCCGCUCCUCCCCAGGCGGGAGCGCCCGGCUCUCCCAGGACCAAGCGAAAGUUGGUGAGGCGCCACUCCAUGCAGACUGAGCAGAUCCGCCUGCUGGGGGGCUUCCAGAGUCUAGGGGGGCCAGGGGAGCCAGGGCGCUGAGAGGAGUGAGAGGAGCCAAGGAGGGUGGGGAUGAGCACCUUGACGGGACAGGUGAGAGAACCAGCUCACACACACACACCGCGGACAUAGGGUUCUCUUGCAUGUGCUCAUGGGCACGGUGCACGCACACAUGGGCAAACGUGUCCGCAGCACAGUUACUCUUAUCUGCAGGGAAGGGUAAAUACUCUAUUUAUUGGUCAUAUAGACACAUGCAUUCAUGCCCUGAUCAUUUCACAUGCGUAUGGGAUCCCUUGUGUACCCACAGGCACAGCGCACACUGGGCCACUUGUGCUAGGGCCCCAAAUGGGUCCUGGGCCGAACUCACUUGCGUUUGUUCAGAAGCAGUAAGUAGGGAACCCCUACUUAUGGGUAGUCUCCAAACUCUGCUCUCCUACGGAAGCAAUUCCUUGCUUUCCACUACACCCUGCAACACAACCCGCUCAUGAUUUUGCACACUCGACCCGGUUCGGGAGUAUUCCACCCUGCUCUGCAGGUCUACGCUUCUCUCUCCAGGCCUGGCUCCUUGUUCACACCUGUUUCCAGCCCUAACCACUGUUCAGGAUAUCUUCUCCACUCUCCUUGGGGGUUUCCUGCAGCAACCCCCAGACUCAGUUCUGCUGCUGCCCUUCCUGCUCUCAGCUUUACUUCUCCACUUCCUGCUUUUUAUUCCCUCCCUGUCCCCCCAACUGAUACAACAGGUCGUCUCAUUUUCUCAGGGGGUGGGUCAUGGGCUCUAAGCUGCUCUUCGGUGUGUCUGAGUUUAUGAACACCCCCGCAGGUGGAAGUGGGGAGUAACACUAAAUCACUCCUCUCUCCACUUGACAUAUCAAAUAAAUGUGUUCAGAAGUC